AUGCCGAGAGUCUCGCCGGCCAGAAACGAGAGGUGCCCUGAAACGAGCCGGUGUCUUGAAAACCUGGGGCCAGGUUGGAGCAACGGCAGCUCAGUCAAGUGGAGCGCGUCUUCGAACACGCACGAGGCAGCUACGGAGACAAAAGACGGCGUUCUCCCUGCCCGGAGGGAGAGCGAGAAGCCGUGGGCUUCGUUUACAAACGGGACCUGUCAAUACAACGCUUCCGCGCGAGCCGCCACUUGCUCCAAGUACGUCGAGCUCCCGUACGCCGACGAAGGAGCCCUCAAAGACGCCGUAGCCAACGUCGGACCGGUCUCCGUCGCCAUCGAUGCCACCCAGCCCACCUUCUUCUUGUACAGGUCAGGUGUGUACGACGACCCCCGGUGCACGCAGGAGGUGAAUCACGGCGUGCUCGUCAUCGGCUACGGCACCCUAAACGAUAAGGAUUACUGGCUCGUGAAAAACAGUUGGGGCGUGCAUUUUGGUGACGAGGGCUACAUCCGCAUGGCGAGAAACCACGCGAACCAUUGCGGCAUCGCCAGUUACGCCUCUUACCCGCUGAUAUAG